AUGAAGGAUUUGGGAGCUGCAAAGAAAAUUCUUGGAAUGGAGAUUUCAAGAGAAGAUGGUGUUGUACAUCUUUAUCAAAAGAGGUACAUCGGAAAGGUUCUUAAGAGGUUAAAUGUGCAGAUGAGCAAACCUUAUAAGGAUGAAGUGGAGCAUAUGUCAAAAGUUCCUUAUGCUAGCGCAGUUAGUUGCAUUAUGUACGCUAUAGUGUGCACACAUUCAGAUAUUGUUCAAUCUGUAAGUGUGCUAAGCAGGUACAUGGCCAAUCUAGAAAAAAGGCAUUGGGAAGCUGUCAAGUGGAUACUGAGAUAUCUCAAAGGAGCUUCUGAUGUUGGCCUAACCUUUCGAAAAAGUGAAGGUAUUUUAAUUCUCGGUUAUGUGGAUUCUGACUAUGCAGGGGAUCUUGAUAGAAGAAGGUCCACAACUGGAUAUAUUUUUACUCUCAUUGGCAGUGCCAUUAGUUGGAAAUCGACUUUACAGACAAUUUUUGCUUUGUCUACAACAGAGGCAGAAUAUAUGGCAGCAACAGAGGUAGUGAAAGAAGCUAUCUGA